GGCCCCAAGAGCGCUCCUUCGCGAUCGAUCGAGAAAGAAAGAAAUCAAGCGAAGCGUGCGGUGGGGGCUAGAUUUUCUUGGAUCGAUCGUGCAUGGGUUUGAGGCGAGGCCGCGAUCGCGAUCCAGGCCGGGGAUUAUGGGGUUGCUGCUGGUAAAUCUGACCAGAUUUCUGUGCGAUCUCUAUGAUCUCGCCAAGAAGAUGAUGUUGUGGACGGUGCUGCUGUCGUGCCUCCCGCUGCUCUUGCCUUAUCUCUCCAUCGCCUCCUUCAUCGGCUUGGCCGUGUUCUUCCAGGCGGCGUGUGGUGCGUUGGGGCUAGCGCUGCUAAGAGCGCUCCUCUUGACGUGUUUUUCAAACCAAAGGAAUCAGGGAAGUGUGAAGAUCUCUGCCAGAGUCCGAGCGCUGGUAGAGGAGGAUCUAAGAGUGGCCGCUGCGAGCUUUGACGCGUUACUAGUUCUUGGGGAAAGAGAGAGAGAUGUUUAUAACGGAGGAGCUCGAGAAGAUGGAGAAGAAGCUGUAGGAUCUAGUGAUGGGGAAGGAACUAGAGACAGGAUAGAUGAUCGUGAAGCUCGGGAGGAUGAUCAUAACUUGGAAGAACUGGAAGAACAAGGUGGUGAUGCUUGGAUCGAGGGUGAUAGUAUCGACGAACAUGGUAAUGUUGGCCUGGAAAAACAAGAUGGUGAUGCGGACGUCAUAGUGCAGGAGUUUGAUGAUCCGAUGGUAAGAAAUCCAGAAGAGCAACACGAUGAUCAUGGGAUAAGAAACUGGGAAGCACAUCAUGAUCAUGGGAUAACAAACUGGGAAGCACAUCAGGAGAUCUUGAGUUUGCACGAUCAAAAGGAGGCUUUUCGAGUGACAACCUCGUCGUCAAGCAACGAACAACGCUUUGAUGAUGAUAAAUCGCUUCUCUUCAAAGAUGGCCAGGUAGUGAUGGUGGAUUCUAGCCAGGAAACGCAGGAGGCCAGAUUCCAGGAGGCUUUUCGCGAGAAAGCAGAUGAAUCCGUGACAAAAAUCUCCAGGCAGCACUCGGGGGAUAAUUUGGAGGAAGAACAUCCUUUUCUAGCAGCAGGACAGGAGAGCGAGACAAAAGAAUCUCGUCGCGUAGCAAGAGCGGGACAGGUUCAUGACGACGAGAGCUUGCCAUCUUUCUCGAAAGAGUCAAGACUUCCAGUUUCGAUCGGGGAGGACGAUGCAAAGGAGUGCAUGAAGGUGGUGGAGUUUUGCUUGAAACAAGCUGGCGACUACUACGACUAUGGCUGCGAGAGCUUGGAAGAAGAAGAAGAAAUCAUCGACGAGCCUACGUCCCCAAGAGCUCAGUACAAUCGUGACGAAGAACAGGAUAUAUUUCUCCAGGAAGUCAUAUCGCCAGGAUCGUGCUCGAAGCUCCACAGCUCGAUCACAGGGUCCUCCGGAUCGUCAGAAACUACUCCACAGCCUGGAAGAAAUCUCCGAGGCUUCGAAUUUUCCCAGAGCAGCCCCAGCAGCGCUGCGGCUGGCAGCAGACGAAGAACUUAUAGCUACAGCAGCAGCGCUGGGAAGUUGCGAGAACUUCACGACUUUGGGAUUGAUUUGCGCGACCAGAUCCGAGCGCUGCGAAGUUUUCCUCGAUCGAGCUCUGAGGCACGGAUGGAAGAAGGCGUGAGCAGCUGUAGCAGUAGUAGCAACGAGGAUUUGGAUCUCCCUGGCUUCCAGGAGGUUCUAAGAUUUUGGCGAGAGAGAGAGAAAGGUCUGGAGUUGCGUAGACGAAGAAAAAAUCUCUUUGGAAGAUAAAAUAAAAGGUUCGUGUCUUAGA